AUAACCCUUGUCAUUUUGUCAGCUUCCCUGUGGCUAAAGUAUGUGGGGACAGCAGGGUGGGCUGUCAAACUGUGGCUGCCCGAGAGCACCUUUCCUCGGGUCCAAGAGACACCCAGGCCACCGGACCUCCAGAGUGAACAGAGAGAUGAGGAAUUAGGGGGAAAUGAAGCGGAGGGGGCAGCACUAAAGAUUAAACUUGUCUCUAAAGAUUUACAGAUUAUUUCCACCAAAAGCAAAACACCUGCUUUCGGCUCACUCAGCCCGUAUGGGUGGCCUCAAAACUUUUCACAGGCUCCUGACCAGCAUUCGUACCGCCCUCAUUCAAAAUCCAAACCUCCGGCCAAAGCAUCCCCAAAGGGAAAAAAGAUCCUGGGCUGGGGGGAUUUUUACUUUAAUGUGAAAACAAUGAAGUUUAGCCUCCUGGUGACUGGAAAAAUUGUAGAUCACAUCAAUGGAACAUUCAGCGUCUAUUUCCGUCAUAACUCAUCCCGUCUGGGGAACAUAUCAGUCAGCAUUGUGCCGCCCUCCAAAACUGUGGAAUGGGAGAUCCUGGAUCCUUCACCUCAAAGCACUCACAUAAAAAACUCUGUCCUACUUCCAGAUUUGACAUCACAGCUCCCAAGAACUCCUCACUCUACAAGCUCCACUUCUUCUGAACAACAGAAACAUCAACGGGACAUGAUGAUGGUGACUGAACUCAACUGCCGCAUCGAGUAUCAAAGAACCAACAGGUCCAAGAAAACCAAACCCUGCAUGUACGACCCAGGACAGACCUGCUACUCCGAAAACACCCAGUCCCAAGCAGCAUGGAUCUGCGCCAAGCCUUUUAAGGUUAUAUGCAUCUUUAUUGCCUUCACCGGCACAGAUUACAGGCUGGUGCAGAAGGUUUGUCCGGAUCACAACUUUCAGACUGAGCAGAACCAGCAGCACCACGGAUGA